AAGAUAUCCCCUCAACUCAAAGCCUCUCAAAAUCUUCUCACUUUGUUUAAUUUUAUCUCUUUUCUACAUCGAAUAAGUUCUGUAUAAUCACAGGGAAUUUGAGAGUGAAAUUUAGAGAGAGAGCAUGGCAACAAGCAGCAUGGCAUCUGCUGCAUGUGGAUUUGUGGUGGCACCAAAUGUCACCUCCAGCACAAGCACCACUAAGAGUAGCAUGCUAUUCUUCUCUCCCAAGAACAACAGAUAUUCUAGGCUGGUGGUCCGGGCAGCGGAGGAGGCGGCGACACCGGCACCAGCGGCCGCCACCACCGAAGCACCGGCUGGCGAAGCCCCUAAAGUAGCCAAGCCACCACCGAUUGGACCCCCAAGAGGCUCAAAGGUAAGAAUUCUGAGGAAGGAGUCAUACUGGUACAAGGGAGUAGGUUCAGUUGUUGCUGUUGACCAGGAUCCCAAGACUCGCUACCCAGUGGUUGUGCGGUUCAACAAAGUGAAUUAUGCUAAUGUAUCUACAAACAACUACGCAUUGGAUGAAGUAGAAGUGGUGGCAUGAGCCUCUAUGCUCUGUUUUUAAAUGUUUGAUCUCUUUUAGCUAUACACCUUGUGUAUAGUAUGAAUAUCUGUAUCAUACAUUUUGCAAUCAAUGGGCUAUGCUUUUAUAUA